AUGGUGGUGCGGUUGGCGGUGGGUGUCUGUGCUUGCGGUUGGUGGUGGAGGUUUUGCCUUGCGGUUGGUGGGCGAUGGGUGCGGUUGUGUGGUGCGAAUAGUUGGUGGCAGCGCGAAUCUGUGUGCGGUGGUGGUGCGAUGUGGUGUGUGGUGGUGGUGCUGUGUGGCAGCUCAUUCCCCUUUCUCCUUUUUCCGCGACGUGUGGCUGUAGCGAUGGAUCUGUGGCGGAGCCCCAAUUUGGCUGCCAAACCGACAAAAUCGGUGGUCGUACUACUAGUCCAUGGUUUCACGGCCGAGGGCAUUGUCACCUGGCAAUUCCAGGUGGGUUCAUUGACAAAGAAGUACUCAGUUUACGUGCCGGACCUCCUCUUUUUCUGUGGAUCAAUCACCGAUAGCUCGGACAGGUCGCCGAGAUUCCUGGCAGAGUGUCUGGCCAAGGGGCUGAGGAAGUUGGGGAUGAGAAUUACACAGUGGUUGGAUUUAGCUAGGCGCCAGUGGCACAAGCUAAAACCCUCUUCAGACGCCGUUGUCGGAAGCCACAUAGACGACGAAAACCCCGGUGACCUCUCCGGAUGUCUGCCACUGUGCGCCGGCUUCACAUCACUCUCAAGUAGCUCAAAUUCUCUUUCCUUUGAUUCCAAAUUUGAUUUUCUUGAACAAUUUACGCCCUUCAAGAAUUUUUUUAACGCUUCAAGCACUCUGAUUAAUUCGAAUGAGAGGCGUAAAAUUGCUUUUGGAAUAGCAAAAAUGAUCAAACAAGAAAAGGGUUAUCUCUUACAGAAACUGGCCUAUAAUUUCUGCCCUUAUAUACUUGUAGAAAUCAUGAAAAUGCUUGAAGAACGGCAGGUGGCGUUUGCGUUUUUCAAAUUUGUGUUUAAAGAUAAUUUGGAAAGUGUGAUCUGGAAAAGUUGCAUUGCUGCACAUUUGUUAGCAGCUGAGGACUUGAGGUUUCUAGCACAAGAUGUGCUUACAUGGGUGAUUAGGAGAACGGGGGAGGAUAGGAGUAAUGAGGUGGUGGAGUUUAUGUGGAGAGAACAUUCUAAGUAUGAGUCAGAUUUUUCAGUUCUUAAUUCAUUAAUGCGUUCGUUCACAAAUGCAGAGAUGGGAUCACAAGCAUUAGAUGUAUUGGGGAGGUUAAGGAAGACUGGUAGCAGGCCAAGUUUAUCGGCCAUUAUCUCUCUUCUAAAGCUGUUGCUAAGGGUUGGUGAUUAUGGAAGUGUCUGGAAGUUGUUCAGGGAUAUGGUUAAAAGAGGACCCUGUCCUUCAGUGUUUAUUUAUAAUGUCAUGAUCCUCGGUUUCUGUAGAAGAGGAUGUGUUAGUAUUGGAGAAAGUUUGUUGCAUGUAAUGAAGAAAUUUAGAUGUGAACCAGAUGUUUAUACAUAUAACAUUUUGAUCAAUGCAUAUUGUGUUAGGGGGUGGACUUCAGAUGCUCUAAAUUGGGUGCGGAUGAUGGUUGAAAGUGGUUGCAAGCCAAGCACUGUCACAUUUGGGACGGUUAUCAGUGCCUUUUGCAAGGACGGUAACAUUGUGGAAGCAAGAAAUAUCUUCGACGGAAUGCAAGAGAUGGGCGUGUUGCCCAACACCGUAUCGUACAAUACUUUGAUGAAUGGCUAUGUCAAGGCGAGAGAAGUCAAUCAGGCAAAUAUGCUUUAUGAAGAAAUGAGAAGCAAGGGUGUGGCACCUGAUAGUAUAACUUUUAACAUUUUAGUUGCUGGGCAUUAUAAGUAUGGAACGGAAGAGGAUGGUGACAAAAUUUUGAGGGAUUUAUCCUGUAAUGAGUUGAUUCCAGAUUGUUCACUGUCUGAUAUAUCAAUAUCGGGGUUAUGUUGGUCUGGGAGAUUAGAGGAAGCCCUGGAAUUAUUAGAAAAUAUGCUUGAGAAAGGGAUACCUCUUAGUGUAGUUGCAUUUAACUCCAUUAUUACUGCUUACAGUGAAGCAGGUUUAGAAGACAAAGCUUUUGAAGUUUACAACAUAAUGAUAAAAUUUGGUCUAACUCCUUCAGCUUCCACAUGUACUUCAUUGCUCAUAGGUUUGUCUAAAGUAGGGAGGCUCCAAGAAGCUAUGGAUCUCAUGAUUAAGAUGAUCAAGAAUGGUUAUCCUAUCAAUAAAGUGGCCUUCACUGUUGUUCUAGAUGGAUACUUUAAGAAAGGGGACAUGGUGGGAGCUCAGAUUGUGUGGGAAGAGAUGGAAAAAAGUGGAAUGGCUCCUGAUGCUGUUGCUUUUUCUGCCUUCAUUAAUGGACUUUGUAAAGCUGGCUUUGUUGAAGAGGCAUAUGAUGCAUUUUUGAAAAUGACUAGGAAAGGACUUGUCCCUAACAACUUUGCUUAUAAUUCUUUAAUUUCUGGUUUUUGUAACUCUGGAAAAUUAAAUGAAGCAUUGAAGUUGGAGAGGGAGAUGAGGCAGAGGGGUCUGCUCCCAGAUGUUUUCACCAUUAACAUUAUCAUCAAUGGGUUCUGCAAACAGGGAAGAAUGAAGUUGGCUACGGAUACUUACAUGGAGAUGCAUAAACAUGGUUUAACAGCGGAUAUUGUCACUUACAACACUUUGAUUAGUGGAUACUGCAAGGCAUUUGACCUGAUAAAUGUAGACAAUUUUGUGAACAGAAUGCACGCUAGUGGGUGGGACCCGGAUAUUACAACAUAUAACAUACGACUUCAUGGUCUCUGCAGUAGUCAGAGAAUGAAUCUAGCUGUUAUGAUGUUUGAUGAUCUUAUUUCUACGGGCAUGGUUCCAAAUACAGUUACAUACAACACUCUGAUGAAUGGCGUUUGUAAUGACAUACUUGACCGUGCAAUGAUUUUGGCAGCUAAAUUGCUUAAGAUGGGAUUUGUUCCAAAUACGGUUACAACCAACGUACUGCUAUCUCAUCUAAUCAAACAAGGGUUACCUCAGAGGGCUAUGAUGUGGGGGCAGAAGUUGAGUGAGAUCUCCUUUGACUUUGAUGAAGUAACGUACAAGAUACUGGACAGAGCGUAUAAUGAUUCACAAGUAGAUGCUGAAUAUACUCAAAAAAUAACGGGAAAAAUUAAGUUUAAACUGAACAGGAGUAAGACACAAGACUUGCGAGAAAUUGUUAUGUGUGUAACCAUACUGGUAUCAAAAUUUUUUGAAGACUACAGAUGCUCAUUUUGGGAAUUUCUCCUGAACUGGAUCAAAUUGACAAAUUCAAACUCAAUAUCUGGAAGUUCUCAUAAAAAACGGGCUAUGCCAGAUGAUUCGACGAAUGGUUAA